GACCCUGUGAAUCGACGGUCGUCUUCCUCCUUUGACAGAACUAAGUUAAUGCAUGUCUGUCCAUAGUUGUCAUAGCUUGGUUAGGGGGGCUCCGGUGGGGCUUUGACUUUACCGAUUGCGAGUUCGCGUCGGAUUGCUGAUUCUUGCGUUGGCCGCAUCUGAUUGAGUGAGUUCCCAGCGGAGGGAAUCCAUCGAAGGAAGAAUUGGAGAAUUUGGUUGAUGUUACAGGGUUUUCUGCGGGUUCUGGAGUGCAGCUACGAGGGUGCGUUUUCGCGUUUGCUUCAAGUUGGUGAACGAUUUAAAUUGCAUCCUCUGUUCUCCGAUGGACCAGGAACUUACGGCAAUUAGCUCUCAUCACGUUCCGAGAGGCAUUGCGAGUUCCAAUUUUGAUCUGGAAGACACUAGUUGUAUAACAUGUGGCGAUCGAUUUCAGCAUUUUACCUUCAGUAUAUUGAGUCGUUGACAAAUAUGUGAAUACAGGGAGUUCCUGACAAAUUUCGGCUUACAUGCUUGAUUCUUGACGUGGAUACGUAGAAAUUCUGCAUCGAGGGGGCGAGCUGGAUCCUUCUCUGGGGGGAGAGGCCCCCAAUCCUCUAGUUGCUCGCAGGUUUGUUUCGCCCAGCAAUAUGGCCAUGGAUGACGAUCAUAGAAUGGACGUGGAAAAUGCUUUGCUGGGGCCAUAUCAGAAGGAUUCGAAGACUUUCUCGUCGUUGAAAAACAAGCCUUUCUGGCUUGUACAGACGGCCCUCAGAGUGGAUAAACGCGUGUACUACCUCCUUGCAUUGUUUACUGUGUUGUCCUUGUUUUACAUUGGAUCAAGAAGCUCUCCGAUCAUCUUGUUCGUUUUUAUAGUAUGCACGGGUAGCUUGGCGUACGCAGUUUACCUCGCAAGUUGGGUACUCGCAAAGGACGAAGGCCCGCCUGAAAUGAGCGAGAUAUCUGAUGCAAUCCGAGAUGGAGCCGAGGGUUUCUUUCGCACACAGUAUGGAUCGAUAUCCAGGAUGGCAGGAGUUUUGGCCUUUGUCAUCUUUGGUAUCUACAUGUUCCGCAAGUCUACACCAGAGCAAGAUGCUGCUGGACUUGAGAAGUCAACGUUGGCUUUUAUUACGGUUCUAUCAUUCCUUUUAGGAGCUCUUUGUUCGGGUAUUGCUGGCUACAUUGGUAUGUGGGUCUCGGUACGAGCAAAUGUGCGUGUGUCCAGUGCUGCUCGGCGCUCUGCACGGGAGGCUUUACUGGUGGCCGUGCGUGCGGGAGGCUUUUCUGCUCUUAUUGUAAUUGGCAUGACUGUAAUGGGGGUGGCAGUGCUCUUUGCAUCCUUCUAUGUCUUUCUUGGAGUUGACACUGUUAAUAACAUGAAGAUGACUGAAUUGCCUCUACUGUUGGUUGGUUAUGGGUUUGGUGCUUCAUUUGUUGCAUUAUUCGCACAACUAGGAGGAGGGAUAUAUACGAAAGCUGCAGAUGUAGGUGCAGAUCUGGUGGGAAAAGUUGAGCAAGGGAUCCCUGAAGAUGAUGCCAGGAAUCCUGCCGUAAUCGCUGAUCUGGUUGGUGAUAACGUGGGAGAUUGUGCUGCCCGUGGUGCCGAUUUAUUUGAAAGUAUUGCAGCUGAAAUCAUCAGUGCCAUGAUUCUUGGUGGUACAAUGGCCAAACGCUGCAAACUAGAAGAUCCAUCUGGGUUUAUCCUCUUUCCCCUGGUUGUGCACUCGUUUGAUUUGGUUGUAUCUGCCAUCGGGAUUGCUUCAAUAAAAGGCACUCGAGACCCUAGCUCGAAGUCAAUUCUUGAAGAUCCCAUGAUAAUUUUACAGAAGGGUUACUCUGUGACACUCUUCUUGGCUGUGCUAGCUUUCGGUGGAUCAACAAGAUGGCUUCUAUACACUGAACAGGCGCCUUCGGCUUGGUUUCAUUUUGCUCUUUGUGGGCUGGUUGGUAUUAUUACUGCAUACGCUUUUGUUUGGAUCUCUCAGUACUAUACUGACUACAAGUAUGAUCCAGUUCGUCAGGUGGCCCUAGCGAGUACAACAGGUCAUGGAACCAAUGUAAUUGCAGGUGUGGGGCUUGGCCUUGAAUCAACAGCAAUGCCAGUUCUCGUGAUUAGUGUAUCUGUUGUUAUCACUUACUGGCUUGGCAAAACCUCCGGGCUUCAGGACAGUCGGGGAAUGCCUACCGGAGGGCUCUUUGGAACAGCUGUAGCAACUAUGGGCAUGCUCAGUACCGCUGGUUACGUGUUGACAAUGGACAUGUUUGGACCCAUUGCAGACAAUGCUGGAGGUAUUGUUGAAAUGAGUCAACAGCCACAAAAUGUUCGAGAAAUCACCGACUUGCUGGAUGCCGUUGGCAACACCACUAAAGCAACAACCAAGGGUUUUGCCAUUGGCUCAGCUGCCUUAGCUUCCUUUCUUCUCUUCAGUGCUUACAUGGAUGAGGUGUCUUCAUUCUCUGGCGUUCCUUUCACCACGGUGGAUAUCGCAAUCCCCGAAGUGUUUGUAGGAGGCUUGCUGGGGUCCAUGCUCAUUUAUUUGUUCAGUGCCUGGGCAUGUGCUGCUGUGGGCCGAACCGCUCAGGAGGUUGUCAGCGAAGUCCGGAGGCAGUUUGCUGAACGGCCUGGUAUCAUGACAUACCAAGAGAAACCCGAUUAUGCUCGAUGUGUGUCCAUCGUUGCAGCUGCAUCUCUUCGUGAGAUGAUAAAACCAGGAGCUUUGGCGGUCAUCUCUCCUAUUGCUAUUGGUAUCUUAUUUAGGCUUGUUGGGCAAGCUACGAAUCAACCGCUGCUAGGAGCAAAGGCUGUGGCUGGCAUGCUCAUGUUUGCCACGGUCUCUGGCAUUUUAAUGGCUCUCUUCCUCAAUACCGCAGGAGGAGCUUGGGACAACGCUAAGAAAUAUAUUGAAAGCGGUGCUUAUGGAGGGAAGGGUAGCGAUGCUCACAAAGCAGCAGUUACUGGUGAUACGGUCGGAGAUCCUUUUAAGGAUACUGCUGGUCCUUCUCUUCACGUGCUCAUUAAGAUGCUUGCUACUAUCACAUUGGUCAUGGCACCACUCUUUCUGGACAAUUGAAGACCUACAGCAAGCAAUUUUUACUCAUGUUGAUUUGGUAGAGGUUUACCUAGUUGAUGCUGUAUGCUCUAUGUAUCAUUGCAAGCCAAUCAGUACACUCAUUUGUGUAGGCUCUGCAGAGUGCUCGUUCUCGUCAGACGCGACGAGAUGGUCAAUUUUACGGUUUUGAUUAUGAUGAAGACAACGAUUCCCGCAGGUAGCAUGACGUCUCAGGUUGCUGGUUAUUGGUUGUUGGCUAAGAUCCCUAAGGAUAGUACUUCCAUUAGAAGAGUGAGUCCUUUCCUAGUCCACGUUUUUGUUAACCCUUCACAUGGCUGCCAGUAUUAAUACUAUCAAAUGAUACGUCUUCCUCAUGUAUUCCAUGCUU